UUGUGGCAGUUUUUCAACAGUGUCUGUACUGUAGACUUUUAAAAUGAAUUAUGGAAGUAAUAUCGUGGCUAGGCGGUUAGGUCAAAACUGAUUAAAGCUGAAAAAGUCAGAUUUAUUUCAUUCGUGUUUAGAUAAUCCUUAACCCGCUAGUGGUUCUAUGGAACUUUUAAGAUUCAUGAAAGUGGCGAAGUGGUUGCGAAGGAGAGGUCGAGUUUAGGGAUGACAGCUUUUCACUAUAAUGUUAUUUACGAGUAAAGUCGUUGACUGUGCAAUUUUGUCCACUUUUAUAAAUGGGCUGUGGAAACACAAAACAAAAAGUCAUUCAACUUCAUCCAGAAGAGAAAAAGAAAGAAAAGACAGUCGUGUUCAAGGAACCGCCAGUUGACGUCAUUAACUACAUACAGCCAUACCCACAAAAUAGAAAACGGCGGAAGUAGAUAAACUAAAAACAUGGGGUGUGGACAAACAAAACCAAUAAAGACUGAAACUCAUAGAAAAUCUGUCACCUUCAAAGAUCCGCCCGUCGAUUUUAUUGAACCAGAUCCAAAGACCACUUUCCUCUCGACCUCACUGCCAACUCAGACGUUGGAAAAUAGUCUUUAUCCUCCAAAACCGCCAAAGACCAGACGGCAUGAGAUAAUUCCUAACGAUGAUAUGUUUUAUUUGGUAGAUGAACAUGCGUUAAAGGCGCCAAAAUCAGUAGACACGUCUGUUGAAUCUCUAUGCAGAUAUCUGAUGAAACCAGCCAAAAACGACAUGGAAAAAUGCCGGCUAUUUUACAGAUGGAUCACAAACAACAUUUCAUACGACACAGCCGCCUUGUUCCAAGGUAAAAAGAAGCCGGUGGAUGCUGAAUCCGUCCUCAAGUUAAAAACUUCCGUCUGUGUAGGUUACACCAAUCUCUUCACUGCUUUAUGUAGGUGCGCUGACAUUACAGUCCAAAAGAUAUCCGGAUAUGCCAAAGGCUAUGACUACAACCCAGAAAUCCGAUUCGAAUACGGUCACGCCACAAGUCAUGCGUGGAACGCAGUGCACGUGGACGGAGAGUGGCGAUUGGUGGAGUGUACGUGGGGAGCGGGGAAUUGUGACGAAUUAAAAAAAUUCCACUUCGAUUAUCACGACCAUUUUUUCUUCAUGGAUCCCGAUUCGUUUGUUUUAACACAUUUUCCAUACGACCCAGAUGUUAAUAUGGCCCUAGCUUGGCAACUCUUAGAGGAACCGUGGUCAUUAGAUAAAUUUAAUUCGUAUAUAAAGCCUAGUAUGAAAGCCAUUGAAUGGGGUAUCAACUUUGUCUCCCAUUCGUCCAGUGUAGUUUUCUCAAAUGGCGUAUCAGUUUUUGAAUUAAAAAGUAGCACCAAAAAUCUGCCUGUUUUAAAUGGCGAGCUUUACCCAGAGAAAGGUGAGAGCAACAAGACUUACACAUACGCUUACAAAAAUGGACCAAGUGAUUACAAGUUGGUUGUACGACCACCCACUGUUGGAAAGUAUACUCUUCGGAUUUUGGCAAAUGAUAAGGAGGAUGACGAGGCUUUUACUCUGGUCUCCUACGUCAUCAAAUGUGUAAGUACGGAUGGACUCGUUCGUUGUUUUCCGUAUCAUUGGGGACUUUGGGGGCCAUCAGUGAAACUGGACAAAUUUGGACUGACAUACGACGAAUCCUCCUGUCCGUUAUUCAUGACAGAAAAUGGCGAAGUAGAAAUAAAGUUACCCCUUAAAAAUGAACUAGAUUGUUCCUGCAGGCUGAGCCAUGCUGAAAAUCUUCUAAGGGAAAGUGACGAUUACGUCAUGACGGAAAUAAAUGGCGGACAUUUAUGUACUCGAGCAAGGCUUCCAAAAGAGGGGUACUAUAAACUACAACUUAUGAUCAGACUAGAGGACGACAGUUAUAAACCGGUGUUGGCUUACAUUCUGGGGUCGAAACAAACACUGCCUGUGAUUCACAAACUACCGAAAUGUUAUAGGGCGGCAAGAGAGUUCAGAUGUCGUCUGAUUGAACCUCUGACGUAUGAACUACCCAGAAACACCAAGAUUCGGAUGAGAUUAAAAUGUCCAAAGAAUUUAAGUCUUGUCCUUAAGAAGCAAACACUCAAAUUGGAUAAGGUUGACGAUUUAUGGGAUUUUCUUACCACGACGCCGAAUGCGGGUGAAAAAUUUUGCAUUUCGGGAAAACUUCAAAACGGAGAUUCUCGAUCCACAUAUAAAGGAUUGUAUGAAUUUUCGAUUAUAUAGACCAGUGACUGGAUUUGACAUCAAUUCAAAAAUACUCGAUUUUCCCCUGGUGCAAUAUUUUAUCAUAGGAGGGCCUUUAUUUGUUUAUUAUGAAUAAUUUUACAAGCUGUCAUUUUAAUACUUUUGAGGAAUCUGUGAU